AAAUAAAAUGGCCACCCUUUUUCUCCCUCUCACAAUAGCCACCACCUCUCUUUCAGUUUUUCUUCUACAAUACGAUUCUCUGUGCUUGUAAGAACCAAUCCCUUCACUCUUCACCUCCAUAACUGAUCGAAAGAACCCAAAAAAAUGGUGAUUUUUCAUCUGAGAAUUUUUGUGUUGUGCUCUGUUGCUUUACUGGUCUCUGGGUUUUCAAGAAAUCUGCCAAUCGUUUCCUUUGACGAAGGCUACACUCAUCUCUUUGGAGAUUCUAAUCUUAGAGUUCUUGAAGAUGGAAAGUCUGUUCAUCUUUCUCUAGACCAAAGAACAGGUUCUGGGUUUCUGUCUCAUGACCUUUACAGUCAUGGGUUCUUCAGCGCUUCCAUUAAACUACCUUCGGAUUACACGGCCGGUGUGGUGGUGGCGUUUUAUAUGUCGAACGCCGAGAUGUUCCAAAAGAACCAUGAUGAGAUUGACUUUGAGUUCUUGGGGAACAUUAGGGGCAAAGACUGGAGGAUUCAGACUAAUAUUUAUGGCAAUGGAAGCACCAGCAGGGGCAGGGAGGAGCGAUAUGGCUUGUGGUUUGAUCCCUCUGAGGAUUUCCAUCAAUACGGUAUCCUCUGGACCGAGAAUCUGAUCGUCUUUUAUGUAGAUAAUGUCCCGAUACGAGAAAUCAAGAGGACAGAAGCGAUGGGAGGGGACUUCCCUUCGAAGCCGAUGUCUUUAUAUGCCACAAUAUGGGAUGGAUCGGGGUGGGCAACGGCAGGGGGAAAGUACAAAGUGAAUUACAAAUAUGCUCCCUUCGUCACCGAGCUCUCCGAGUUUGUCCUCCACGGCUGUGCAGUCGAUCCUAUUGAGCUAUCCUCGGAUAAGUGCGAAACCGCCCCAGAAAUGGCCUCGAUCCCAACCGGGAUCACGCCCGAGCAAAGGACUAAAAUGGCGAGCUUCAGGAGGAAGAGCAUUCAGUACUCUUAUUGCUACGACAGCGCCCGAUACAAGGUCCCUCCAACCGAAUGCGCCCUCGAUUCUAAGGAGGCCGAGCAGCUCCGGAGAUUCGACCCCGUGAGAUUCGGCGGCGUCCCCCGCCACCACGGCAGACGACAUCGCCACAGAAGUAGUAGGGAUGGAUCAUCCUCCUCCACUUGAGAAGGCUAAGGUUUCAUUUAAGGUUGUUGUUCACCUACCUACCUACCUGUGAAUAGUGGAUACAGGAGAUGAGAGGGGAGAAGUGUCAUUUGGGAGGGCAAAAGGAAUUUUGAGUGUAGUAUUGAUUGGUGAUGAAUGGGAGGGGGGUAGGGAGAUAUGUGUAUUUAUUUCAUACUUAUAGUGUCAAUCUUAGCCAUGUUCUCUCAUUCAUGUUGUCAUCUUGGGCUUUAUAUAUUUAUCAUGAUGUAUUUGCUACUCUUCAAUAAGUAUAUAUAUGCUCAUUGUUAUAUCAUAUAUUUAA